GUGGGGGCGGAGCCGCCGCCGGGCGGGAGCGGAGCGGUGCUGGCUGCGCCUGAGUCCAUUUCCUUCAGAUUAUCUGUAAAUUUUCAAUAAUGGCAAUACAUUCAUUCUGCCAUUUGGAGGAGCCUGUGCCACAGAAUAAUGAUCUGAAGAAAGCUCACUUAUUUGCAAGGAAGAGUCUUCAUUUGGGAAAUAGUACUGGUGCAGCUAAGAUGUGCUUUGUCAGGUUCAGCAGAACUGCUGUUGUUCCUAGUACAACCUCCUAUAUGUAGACAAAACUGCAUUUUCCUCAAAUAGUCCGGUAUCUGAAGAGUAAGAAGGGAUGGUGUCUUUCAUUGCAGCUUGCAGUGGACUAACUUCCUACUGGACCAUUGAGUCUGGAGACAUCAGUUGUAUAUGUUCCCACCUUCCAGCCUUGCUUAUCUGACUGCCCUUCACACAACAAAGGAAAAUCAUCAAAAAUGGGCAAAGGAGAUCCCAAGAAGCCGAGAGGUAAAAUGUCUUCAUACGCCUUCUUUGUGCAAACCUGCCGGGAGGAGCACAAGAAGAAACAUCCAGAUGCUUCAGUGAACUUUUCAGAGUUCUCAAAAAAAUGCUCAGAACGGUGGAAGACUAUGUCUUCUAAGGAGAAGGGAAAGUUUGAAGAUAUGGCAAAGGCUGACAAGCUUCGUUAUGAAAAAGAAAUGAAAAACUAUGUACCACCUAAGGGGGAAACAAAAAAGAAGUUCAAGGAUCCAAAUGCACCUAAGAGGCCUCCUUCGGCUUUUUUCUUGUUUUGCUCUGAGUUUCGUCCAAAAAUCAAAGGAGAACAUCCUGGUCUUUCCAUCGGCGAUGUCGCAAAGAAACUGGGAGAGAUGUGGAACAACACGGCUGCAGAUGAUAAACAGCCUUAUGAAAAGAAGGCUGCCAAGCUGAAGGAGAAGUAUGAAAAGGAUAUUGCUGCAUACCGGGCCAAAGGGAAGGUUGAUGCAGGCAAAAAAGUAGUUGCCAAGGCUGAGAAGAGCAAGAAGAAGAAGGAGGAGGAGGAAGAUGAGGACGAAGAUGAAGAGGAGGAAGAUGAUGAAGAAGAGGAAGAGGAGGAGGAUGAAGAUGAUGAUGAUGAUGAAUAAGUCUCUUUUAGAGCAACUUCUUUCUUGUCUAUAAAGCAUUUAACCCCCCUGUACACAACUCACUCCUUUUAAAGAAAACAAAAUUGAAAUGUAAGGCUGUGUAAGAUUUGUUUUUAAACUGUACAGUGUCUCUUUUUUUGUAUAGUUAACACACUACCGAAUGUGUCUUUAGAUAGCCCUGUCCUUAGUGGUAUCGCAACGGCCACUAACCUUGCCUGGUACAGUGUGGGGGUUGUAAAUUGGCAUGGGAGUUUUAAAGCAGGUUCUUGUUGGUGCACAGCACAAAUUAGUUACAUACGGGGAUGUAGUUUCGUUUUCAUCUUCAGUUGUCUCCGAUGCAUCAUAAAAAUAAUUGUUGUUCUGUUAACUGAAUACCACUCUGUAAUUGCAAAAAGGAAAAAAAAAGUUGCAGCUGUUUUGUUGACAUUCUGAAUGCUUCUAAGUAAAUACAAUUUUUUUAUUAGUAUUGUUGUCCUUUUAAUAGGUGCCCUUGAAAAAUCAUACUUUUUCUUUUCUCUUGUUUUUUUUUUUUGAGGGGAACUCAUCUUUUGCUUUAUUGAAUGCCCGUUGGGGAUCACGGGAAUAUUACAGUUUUCAUCUUUCAUAUAACCAGCUGAUAAACAAAGCUUUGAUCUGCAUACCCUGCAUAAUCAUGAUAGGGUAAGAAAAGAAAUACAUAGGCAUAUGGUGAAAGAAUAUUCUUCCGUAACUGGAAACAAAACAAAAAAAUUCAAUCUCAGCAAACUGAUAUUUGUUCAGAAUCUUGUGAAAUGUAAUAUUCUAUUGAGUUGCAUGAGUUUACCAGUCUUGGAGAGUUGAGAAGUAUAGAGUUCAGUUUUACAGAAAUGAAAUAACUUCGGGGGGGCGGGGAGGGAGGGAACGUUAAAUUUUGUCCUAGAAGGACCCAUAGGAAGAGCGUAUGUCCAUCCGGUGUAGAGAAAUUUACAGGUGUGACUCCGUUACUGUGUAAUGGACGUUGUAUUUGUAAGUCUCUGAACACUUGCAAGCGAUGAGCGUACCUAAAAUGUGUAAAGUUAAAAAGCAUGAAAUUACCAUACUAUUUUUUGGUGACGGGUCUGGUGAUGGCCACGGGCUUUAUACCAUGAAACUCUCCUGGUAGCAAAUGGCCCAUGAGAAAUGAUUUUUCUUUCUAAGAUUUCUAUAAAUGGUACCAUUAUUAUUUGUUAAAUCUAUGUAAAUUCAUAUUUGUAUUCUUGAAAUUCUAGUUUUAGCCCUUUAAACAAAGUUGUAUAUUGUCUCAAAUUGAAAAUGAGAUAAGAUGUAUUUUUCCUGUUAGGUUUUAUACCGCACUCUCGAUGUUUGCCCAUUUUUAAGUUAAAUAUAGCUGUAUGGAAAAGUACAUUUUAUUAAAUUUUACAUUAAAAAGCGAAAUGUUUAUGGUAUACCAACAAUGUCUAAUUUGGUCAAAUAUAGUUCUCUUCCAAAACCAAAGCUAAGGGGUUUUUUGCAUAUUCAGUAAAACUUCAAGUGCUGGCAACUGUUAACAAUUUUCACAUAUACCUGCUUACCAGUUUGGGGGACAAUUUGGCAAUUUUGUGGUUACAAAAUUAUGGUUCUCUUAAGUGCCAGUGUCUAAGAAAAAAGAAAAAAAAAAAGCAUUCUUGUAAUUUUACACGCUUUUGUGAUGGAGUAUUGUUUUGUUAUACAAUUUUGACUUUCAGAUUCUUAUUUCAAUUUGCAUUUAUGUAUAACUUCAGGAGAAAUAUUGAACAUCUGAAUCCUGGAUGAUACUAAUAAACUAAUAAUUGCAGAGGUUUUAAA